GCUGAUAGGAUGCAAUGUGUAACUAUAACGGCCACAUGAAAGCUGCAGCUCCACACUUCUCCAGCCUGAGGAUAGAUGACUUUAUCUGAGCGCGGGGACGGGCUUUUCCUGUGGCACAUUCAUCUGUAACUUGAAGAAAUCCGAGCUUCACCGUGGUCUCUUUUGUGGUGGAACAUUUUGGUGCAAGGGACAGAGAGGAUACUACUGCUGCUUGCAUUUGUACAAACAAGCGAUCGGCGCGUCCUUUUGGAUUCAAGCUGCAGUCCACUUCACAACCAAUUGCAUUGCCUGAAGAGGAAGAUAGAAAUUUACCUAUUACGAAACAAUGCGCCGGCGUCUUUUCUGAUGAACUCUUUCGUGGAACAACAGACUUUCAUCCACAAGUGGAGCGUUUUUCUGCCUUCUAGUUACAGAUACAAACAUUUUACAACUACAAUGGGACAACGUGGUGGGCUAAGUAGAGGACAUGUUGCCUAUGGAAGUGCAGCGAGAGUGCAGGGCAGUGACUUCCAGAGGACACCUGAAGACGAGUGAAUGCCGUCUCCGAUGUGGAGCUUGUCGCUGUCCGACGCGCGCUUGGUGCUGAAAUUUGGAUGAUGUCUGGCCAGCGAUUGCAAGGCUGCCGCUCCCUGCACCUCAACGAGGACAACGGCCGCUUCGUGCUGCUCGCCGUCCUCAUCGUACUGUACCUGCUGUGCGGCGCUGCGGUCUUCUCGGCCAUCGAGAGGCCCUCGGAGCUGCGGGCUCACGGCCGCUGGCACGGGACGCUCCUCAACUUCAGUGAGACCUUCAACGUCAGCCUGCAGGAGCUCAACUCCUUCCUGCGGGAGUACGAGGCUGCCAUCGCCACCGGGAUCCGGGCUGACGCUCUGAGGCCACGAUGGGAUUUUACAGGAGCAUUUUAUUUUGUUGGAACUGUGGUGUCGACUAUAGGCUUUGGGAUGACGACGCCUGUGACGGUUGCAGGGAAGGUGUUCCUGAUCUUUUACGGGCUUCUGGGCUGCGCGGCCACCAUCCUCUUCUUCAACCUCUUCCUGGAGCGAAUCAUCACACUGCUGGCCGUGGUGAUGAAGGCUGUGAGGGAGCGUCGAAUCAGGAACAGCGGUUUACUUCCGCCAGGCAUCCGCCAUGACUUCUCAGCCUACUCCCUCCCCGGCUGGAAGCCGUCCGUGUACCAUGUGAUGCUGAUUCUCGGCCUGUCAGCCAUCACUAUCUCCUGCUGUGCGUCAGCCAUGUACACCCCUGUCGAGGGGUGGGCUUACUUAGACUCGCUUUACUUCUGCUUUGUUACCUUCAGCACCAUUGGAUUUGGGGAUUUUGUUAGCAGCCAGAGCGCCGCUUACAAAUACCAAAGCCUCUACAGGGUGGCCAACUUCUUCUUCAUGCUAAUGGGCGUGUGUUGCAUCUACUCGCUCUUCAAUGUUAUCUCUAUUGUCAUUAAGCAGGUGCUCAACUGGAUUCUGGAGAAAAUGAGCUGCUUGUUUUGCCAGCGCUGCAAUAAGGCCACCGUGCUCCUGGGCAGACGGAACGCAAUCCGCCCGGGCUCCAAGAGUCGCCAGGGUCGGACUGGCCAGUUGUCCGACUCUGAUGGACCUUGUGAUAGUGAUACAGAGGGACGCAGACUCUCAGGGGAGAUGAUCUCAAUGAAAGACUUGGCAGCCUCCAACAAGGUGUCGCUGGCCAUCAUGCAGAAGCAGCUGUCUGAGUCGGCAAAUGGAUAUCCCAGGACAGUGUGUGGAAGUUCACGCCUUAAUGGUUUCUCUGGGGGGGUUGGCGCUCUCGGUAUCAUGAACAACAGGCUGGCAGAGACAAGUAACUCCAGGUAGAGGACACAAUAAGUGUUGGAGCUCUUGAUUCUCAAACUGUCUAACAAUCCCUGAGGCUGAUCGCCAUAGAAAAAAUACAUUUGAGAUGGAUUGCCAAUGUUACUUGUCAUGCAUGAUAUAUAUGAUUUUUUUGGACACUUUUGGUUGGAAUUACAAGCCUGUGGUGAAGAUGCAGGUAAUGACGGUGGUGUUUUCAGUGAUGAUUUGAUGAUGAAGGCAUGAAGAGAGAACCACAGAGCCAAUGAUCUGGGGACCUCCCAUUGACCAUUAUGUUAACCUCAAACCGAACCCAGAACAAAUCACUGACAUGUCAGUGUUAAAUGCUGAGGUCUGCUAUAUGUGCUCAAUAUAUCAGACCUUGACAACUGAAAUGUUGUGCAGUAAAGGAGCCAAGGGAAGCAUACAGUGCAAUCUUCAUUAUUUUGGGCUUUUGCCAUUUUCUUUGAAUGUACAUAUUGAAUGCUGAUAUAAACAUGACACGUGUAUCCACUGAAUGACAUAGCACAUACUGAUCUAUGCAUUUUACUGCUCAUGCAUUUUUUGCACCAUUUCUAGACCUUCCAUUGAUUGUGCAAACUCCAUUUCUUUCUCGACACAAGUCAAGUUUUACCCUCAGGUGAUUGAUUCCAUUUCUGGGGGCGAGCGUGGAAUGUGGAGUUUAGCUAGGCACGACUGUGAUGUAGUUGAUUUGUCAAUGCUGUUGGGAAGGGGAAUUUACAGUGCCACUAACGGCCUAUAAAGAGUAAUUUCCUAAAGAUGGAGAAAAGAGGACAGUUGAAAAAUGAAAAUCCAUUCCUUUUCAGAGAGGAGCUGUCCUUAUCAGAACAGAAAAAUGCUUCUGCGGCCAAAGACUUUGACUUGAAGGGUAAAAGAAAGCACCAUGCAACUCGUUCUUUCUCUUCUUUUUUAAGCUUAAAGCUGUCUGCUAGGAAAAUAAGUGAUAAAGGCUGGCAAUGUAUUAAUUACCCUUUGAAUGCAGAAUGUAUCUAUUCUGUUUUUGUAAAAACAGAAUAAAUGAGAAGUAAGUUUGUGUUUGUUUGAAGUAAAAUAUAAGAGAGGGGGAAAGAGAGGGAACAAGUGGAUGGCUUUAUCCUGUGGGCAAAUUAUGUUAAACGAUGCAGAUUAAAGGAGGCCAGGUCAAGCUGUUCAGAAGCUGGAGAGGAAAACAAAAACAUAAGAAUACUCUGGCUUGCAUUGAUUUUAAAAUAGAGAUUUCCUGUUUUCAGAUAAAGAUUCUCUCUGUGAACUUGAUCCAAAAGUCCGCAAAGGUUGAUUUUCCUCACUUUCGAUGUAAAGGUGUAGACGACGUGUAAUGAUGGAGGAUGUUGGACGAGGAUGCAGUACUCUGUCAGUCUUUGCGAUCAAUGUCCUAGUUGCUGGCAACUAUCUCUUCCAAGUCAUCUGUGAUUUAAAGUUAAAGCUGCGUAAUGUUUGUUUGAUGUCAGUAAACAGCAAGGCAGAGGAGACGUUGAUAGUUAACCUGUCCGGGAGGCGGUGAUGAAGUAACAAAAACUAGAGAGGGGGGCCAUUGACAGCAAUAGAAAAGAAGGAGUUCAAAAUUCAUAUUAAAUCGAAAUACACACCCUCUCAGCCAAAGGCUUCUCUUUCCUUUGCAUCCAUUUUCAACAUAUAAUAUCCUCCAAGGCCACUCACCUCUUUUUUGUGUCAUCUCUGUAUUCACUUCACACUCACUGCACCAAAACCUUUUGCCUCCUAUUUCCCGCACAUCUCAGCUCUCCCGUCACACUCAUCAACCUUGCACCGUGAAUACUACAAUGAGACAUGCCAUAGUAUAUCAUAUAAUGUCUUAAAAAGUCCUUUUACGAUAAUGCGUGAAAUGGAUCUGGGUCUAUCCUUGAUUGAUUUUCAUCCUGGUUUUGCAUAGAUCUGAAUAAUUUAUUUUACCCCCCAGUGACACUUAGAACAAUAGAGAAAAUGACUCAGGUAGAUAUAUUCAGGCUUGUCUUAGUGUUUCCCGCAUGCCAUUAUGGUAAAGCCAUACAAGAUAGCUGUAUAUAAAACAGAGUCUUUAAAGUAUAUUUUUUUACAUAUAGCUUUCAGAUAUCUACAUGUGAAUGAUUGAAUAAGUCACCGUCUCAUGUCUUUAACACAGUCGGUCAGCAGAUUGAUACACCAUAGAGAACUUAACUACCCACUAAAAACAUGGAUACAAGGGUUAAAAUGUGAACACAGGUUGUCCAGAUACUAAAGAGUAGAUUGAUAUGUUGGGAAAAUGGCAUAUUGGUAUUCACUUUCCUGCGUGAAGUUAGAUGAGAAGAUUGAUAUCACUCUCACACCUGUAAGGGGAAAUAUAUAGCUGGUUAGCUAGUGAGUAGUUCUUAAUGUGAUGUCUCUUUGUUGAUAUAACAGCUACAUUUGAGAGCUUUGGAGAUGCUAUAGUAGUUGAAAUGUUGUUACCUUUAGACACAUCUAGGCUGGUUCCCCCUUCCCAGUUUUUAAACAAAGCAAAACUAGCGCUGCUAUGCUUACUUGACUUUAUGGACUUCCUGGAGUCUUUAGAAAAUCCUUUUAGAGAUGUAAUAUUAAUUAGAGAGCUUUCCAGCCAGGCUAGCCGUUUCCCCCAUUUUCUGGAAUGUAUCCAAUGCUAAGCUAAUAAGCUAUAUCUUCAAGGCUCUACCAGUCCACAUGUCUAGCUGACUUAUUACUGCAUUAAAUCUUCUUUGUUUCAUUUCAAUAAAAAUAAAAAAAACAGGUAGCCUAGGUUGAAAUAAAAAAUAUGUUUUAUGACUAGCUUUUCCCCCUUUUCCUGUCAGCCAACAACCUUCAGUGCUGUAUUAUAAAGACAAAGUAGAAAUGACAAAAACUUGAGGCUUCCAGAUGUAUACAAGCUGUAGCUCCAUGUUAACCACCUAGAUGUGAGAAUGGUAACUCUUAGCAAGAAUGUAUUUCCCAAAAUGUCAAUUUAUCACUAUUAUAUUUAAAAGCUCCCGACAUAUAGCGAAUGAGCAGCGAGUGAGCUCACUGUGUGUUGGUGAUGUGAUGUGAAGCGGGGUUCAUGUGUUGCCCGACUGUUAGACUCUCUUGCAGGCAAAUAGAAAGUGCCAAUCCCUGGGACAUUUGAGAAGAAGUAUGGCAUGCUGUAGCAAAUGACAUACUGUAGAACGAAUUCAAUGCUGUUCCCCUUUUGUAAUAUGUUACGGGGGACGUGUUGCUGGCACUUCUCUAUAUUGAUUCCUGAAUGAUGUACUGUAUGUUAACCUUCAUUUCCCCUCUGAGCCUUGAGGUUAUAAUGGAAGAUGUUUCAGGUUUGCUCAAAUAUUUGUUAAACCCCCUGUAGUUGUUAGGGUCUAGCAAGCUGCAUUGUAUCCUUUAACCUACCCUUGACAAGGAGCAUGUGUGUAUGUAUGCAUUUGUGUUCCCACCUGCUGUGUAAAGGACUGGAAAUUAGAAUUAAAUUAAUGUGAUAUGUUA